CCCUGUUACAUGUAACUUAGAAUGUCUGCCAGCAUACCAGCGCGCCGACAACAUAUGCCCUACGAGGCUCGCAGUUACUGGAUGCGGCAUCCGUAGUAUGCGAGGAUCUUCGACAUGAGGCCGCGCCACGCUUCCUACAUCCACACAAUUACCGCCCAACACGUUUUAUGAAGGCCAGAACAAGGGGGCGAACGGACAUAUCGCUCUCGCCCGCAGGCGUUACCUCCUCGUACUCCAAGUCGGCAUGACGAGCCCAACAGUCGAAGAACUAAGUCACACAGACGCCAUGGACACCGAACGCGAUGAACCCACUCCCGUGGUCGAUGAGCGAAGGGCGCUAGGCAAUGGAGGCAAGCCUUCGGCGCGACAAUCGAGUCACCUCGUGGACGAAGCUAGCCAAGGUCCAGACGCUGAUGGAAGUUAUCCUGGAGGCAACGGGAUUGUGUCUUCGGUUUACCCUUCGGAGUCUCUGUUACAUAUAGGAGAGCUUAGAGAAGGGAAGGAACACAUACUGGUGAUCGGCAAGACAGGAAGCGGCAAGACGACGUUCAUUAAUCUCGCGGCGAAUGCGAAUCUCCCGGUCGGAGAAGAACACGUGCAGGAACAAUGUACCACGGCGAUACAGUCAGCUGAGUUCAAUGAUGCCACGCCGGUGAUGUUAUACGAUGUCCCCGAUGUGGUUGAGAUCCCGGGUGUAAGGACACAAGUCGCCCCGCUUGACACAGACAAGCAACCUGCAUGGGCUGCCGUCGUAUACGUCAUAGACAGCACGGACAGGCGCGCCGAACUGUUCAAGGAAGAGAACUAUCAGAUCCUUGACGAGCUCGAUAAGCGGUGCAAAUUGCGCAGACUAUUGUUUCUGGUGUCCAGAUGGCCGUCGCAAGAGGACCAAGGGCGCUUGACAGAGGCAUUGGGGAGGCGGAGCGAAUAUGAGCGAUUUAUCGAGAAGUACCUCGAAAGGGGAGCAAUUGUGCGCGAAUUCAAUCGGGAAAUGGGCAGUGAAGGAGCGCGGGCUGCCGUACAGGACCUUCUGAAGACAAGAUUGGCAGAAACAGGUACGGACUGCCCGAAUUCCUUGUGUGUUCGACCGUAGCACUGAAUCUCGAGCGAUGCGCAGGGAUUUGCCGUCGCUGCAAUUGCGUUCGCAGACUGCGACAGAGGUUGCCACAGUACCUCCGAAAGGCAUACACCCGGUGUUCGGGCGGGCCUCUGGACAGCAUCAGAUAGUGGAAUGUCAACUGUCUUGGCUCAGAUGAACAACGAUGCGACGAGAUCAGCGUACGCCCAUUGCUCCAUUUAUGAUGAUGAUGGUCGGAGGAAGG